ACCGUUUUGCGGCACGCCAGUUUCCGGCGGUGUAAGAUAAACAGAAGUUUGACAUUGGCUGCAUGAAAAGGUGUUAAAUACACACACCUUGUCGUUAACAAUGGCUUCGCUUACUUUAAAUUCCUUAAAACAUGUAAUGAGAGCUAUGGUGGAUAGCCCAGGCUUCGACAGGGUACUUAGCAAGGUGGACAUUUUGUCUGCCAGCCCCGGUAAAGUGGUGUGUGAGAUGCGGGUAGAAGAAGAGCACACAAACCGGGGAGGGACGCUGCACGGUGGGCUAACAGCCACACUGGUUGAUAUCGUCUCCACCAUAGCUAUCAUGCACAGUGAGAGGGGGGCACCGGGGGUCAGCGUGGAUAUGAAUAUAACGUACAUGAACGCUGCCAAGAUGGGAGAAGAUGUUCUCAUCACCGCUCAGGUUCUGAAACAGGGACGGAGUCUGGCGUUUGCCACAGUGGACCUCACCAACAAGGUUACAGGGAAGAUCAUCGCACAAGGAAGACACACCAAACAUCUUGGCAGCAGCUGAAGCUUCUCCACUCUGUAUCUGUCUGUAGUGUCAAAGCAAGAGUGACGAUGUAAACAGCUUCUCUCUGUCUGUAAAUAAGUUUGUAAUCAGUACUUCAGUGGUGGGUGUCACAACGCUUGGGCUACGAGCUGGUGGUUACUUGAUGCUUAUUUCCUGCUGUUAAAUAUUUGCCAAUAACUUAAAUUGACACCAGUGGUUAUUGUAUGAUCAGAGCCCCUUGUCAUUGAAAGACUGUAUCAAUGAUUUGUGCGCAUGCAAUAAAAGAAAAUGGACAAAGA